CAUAAACGUGAAGACGCCGCCAGCGUUUGGACGUGGAUCGCCUUUCCUUGUCGUGUCUUUCCUUUUGUUUUCGUGUAAGUCAAAGAGAGACGAACGCGAACCUCCGUGGGUUUUUUAGUGUCGUUCAUGGCUUCGAUAAAGGAAAGAGCUGCAGCUUUGAACCUGGCAGAGAAACUGUGUGUGAGGCCUCAUGGUCGUGGCGUAGUCGGUAAACCAGCAGGAGCGCAGUCCUCCUCUUUGUGGAGCGGCCUCAUCUCACACCUCAGGUCGUCUGUGACGGUGAAGCGUCGUCGCGUUCACCUCAAGUCCCACAGUGACUGUUUCCUGGGCUCAGAGGCCGUGGAUGUAGUGACGGAGCAUAUUAACAACGUCAAGGGCUUUGAGGGUGCCAGUGUGUCCCGGGACAAAGUGGUGUGUGUGUGCCAGUCUCUGUUGGACUGUAACGUGUUUGACGCAGUGGGAACCAACGUGUUUGGCAGAGACAAGAAGCAGGACGUCUUUCAGGACAGCAAGAGUGCCCUGUACAGGUUUGUAAGUAUGCGGGUGCCCUCUGUCGAUGAGCUGGAGAGAGGUUUGCUCGUGAACGGGAUCCAAAAACUCUUCUGCAGUGAUCGAUCUGACAAACGGGAUGAGCAGACGUGUCCCACCAGGUCACACGUUCCCGUGAUGAGUCCUGUCAAAGUCACUCAGACGUUCCUGUCAGUCCCUGUCCCUGCCAGCCUGUCACUGGAGACAGUGGUGGACGGUCGGAGUGUUAGUCCCAGCAGAGGUCUUACUCACCCUGCGUUACCACAGUCAUUGGUGGAUGAGGUGUGGCAUGAGCAGACCCUGCUCCGGCUGCUAAACCUGGUUGAGCUCCCGAUCCUCGAAGGGCUGCUCCAGUGCACUCAGAGCCUGUUGUCUCCACCUCACCUGCUGGCUCACAAUAAUCCAGACCUGAUCUACAGCAGCAACCACCUGGACAGACAGAUCCUCAAGGCCUUCAGAGACACUCAGGAGGACGAGUGGCUGUGUGCAGCUCUGGACUGCCUCGACUUCCUCUCUGACCAGCCUGUGGUGGAGCUGAGCAGGGAGCUCCCUCACUGUUUCCCUCAGGAGCCACAGAGCUGUGACGCAGCUGGCACGGCUGCCAAACACGGAGGUCACAACAGUGAUGAGCUCCGUCUCUCUCCGAGUGGUUUGGUCCAGUGUAAAGUGCUGCUCUACAGAGCCCUGAUCAAACACUACAGCCAGACGGAUAAACCUCCACUGCUGCCACAGCACAUGACUGACAUCUACUCAGCCAUCACUGACCUGCUGGUGAAGGCCAAGUUAGACAUGGCUCUUGAGGCUCUGCAGCUGUGCUUGAAGUUGCUGCCACCUAGCUGCAGAGACGAGCUGCGCAGGCUGCUGACGUUCAUGAGUCUGGCAGCUGAUCCACACGGGAUCAAACUGGACAAGGAUAUGGAAAACAGAUUAGCAGUGAACAAGUCUUUCUCCAGAGCGAUCGUCCUCAGCAAAGCUCUUUCCAAGGAGAAAGAAGACCUGCUCGUGGUCUUCAUGCUCAGCAACAUAAAGGAAAUCUUUAAGAUUCCAGGGGCUCUGCACAAAGGAGUGAGUGACAAGCUGGCCGGCCUUGUGCACGGGACACAGCCUGAUGUGACUAGCCCCACAUCAUGUCGGCAGGUUUCCAGCAGGACUUUCACUGACUCUACAGAGGAGACCACCAGACAGGAACUGUGGACUCUGCUGAACUUCAUCCACGUGAACACAAAGACCUCAGCCAAGGAGAGGAAACGUCUGCUCGGACAGUUUUACCAAGCCCACCCAGAGAUAUUUAACCAGUUCUUUGGUGACUCUGCUGCUAGUGUGCUGUAGCUUUGUAAAAAAACCCAGUCGGUUUCACCAGCAGCUGCAGAGCAGUUUAACAUUUUUUUUGGUAAAUAUAGGUACAUGUAAAGUUGAACUUGAGAAAGAUGCCUACAUACUAAAUUGUUGCUCUUGUGUGUGCUUUGUAAUUGAUUGAAAUAAAUAAAUAAACG